AUGGAAGAAACCUGCAAAUAUGGAAUCAGAUGUUAUCGCAAAAAUAGAGAGCAUAUCAAUAAGUUUCAUCAAGAUCAUAAAGAACCUGAGAAGAAGCGGAAGAGAAGAGAGAAUGGUGAUGUUGAAGACGAAAAGAUAAGAGAGAAAUCGCAGGAUGCAGUGGAAACUAUUUCGGAACAUCCAAAACAAGAGUGUCCUAAGAUAUUAAAUGAGAAAGUCGACAAGCGAUUAGUUUUGGAGAAGUUCUUUAAUAUCAAAAGCGACCCAGUUGAAGCACAGCCCGUGACUUUGUCCAAUAUAUCUGUAGCUUCAACUGCAACAAUAUCCGACCAGAAAUCAAACCAAGAAGCCCUUGACGACCGAAGCCCUCCUUCCUCAACAUUUUAUCAUGUAAGUAAAUCAACGAGGAAGUUCUGGGAGCAUGUACUUACCUUAAGCAAUGAUUCUCCGAGAAAAGUUUUCUCUCAGUUUGAUGAAGCGGAACUUGUAGGUGUUUUUGAACAACUCGAAGGGUCUCUUUUCAUCACUGAACAACAGUUUCUUACAUAUCAUCGGCAUUCUACCGACUUACCUGAGAUGGAAACUUGUUUGAUUCAUAAGAAUGGACAUUAUGCUAUUUGGCGCGAUAUCCCCAACGAUGAUGAUUUUCUGAUUGUUCAUUCCGAUGGCAAAGAACAUUUCCCGACCAUUGAAAUUGUUGGCCCGUCUUUCGAGCAUAUCCUACUUCAUUUGGCUGGGGAAAGCAUUAAUCUUUUAAAGAAAUCCCGUGGAGAGGCCAUACGAAAGAGAAAGAAAGCCAAGCUUGGAUCGCCACCACACCCAUUGGGAAUCUUAAUUCGAGUUAUAAACGAUGUUGGGUAUAGAGACAUUCCAGAAAGUCCCUCUUCCCUUAAAAAGAAUUUGGAAAUAAUUGGAACGGCUACAGAUCAAGAGCUUAUCAAACGACGUAUGGCGAAGAUAAACGAGCUUUAUACUUAUGCACAAUUUGCUAAUGAUGAAUCUGAUUUCGGCAUGGGUUUGGAGUUCGGGCAUUGGCUAUUCCUUGCAAAUUAUCCACCUCUUGACAAGAUAACACGGAACACGUUGAGGGCUGCCUACGAACUCCUACAACGGGAGCGUUUCCAGGAUAUUGCAGCUGCUAUUUUAACCAAAAGAAGAUCUCAAGUAUAA